AACCGCCGCCGAGCUCCCCUCCGCCGGGCACUCUGCACGCGCUCCUCGCGCCGGUCGCCCGCAAACUCCGGGCCGGACGCUCGCACGCGCGCUCACACUCGCACGCGCGCUCACACUCGCACGCGCGCUCACACUCGCACGCGCGACGCCCUUCCCUCCCGCGCGCUCGCCCGCGCCCACGCGCGCGCCCGCACUCCGGCCCGCUCGCCCCGCGGACGCGCAGGCACCGCCGGCAGGAGCGCCCGGGGGUCCCGCGGCAUUCCCAUGGCUGACCUGAGCUUCAUCGAAGAUUCCGUCGCCUUCCCCGAGAAGGAGGAGGAUGAGGAGGAAGAGGAGGAGGGUGUGGAGUGGGGCUACGAGGAAGGUGUUGAGUGGGGUUUGGUGUUUCCUGAUGCAAAUGGGGAAUACCAGUCUCCUAUUAACCUGAACUCAAGAGAAGCUAGGUAUGACCCCUCACUGCUGGACAUCCGCCUUUCUCCGAAUUACGUGGUCUGCCGAGACUGUGAAGUCACCAAUGAUGGACAUACCAUUCAGGUUAUCCUGAAGUCAAAAUCAGUUCUAUCAGGAGGACCAUUGCCUCAAGGGCAUGAGUUUGAACUGUAUGAAGUUAGAUUUCACUGGGGAAGAGAAAACCAGCGUGGUUCUGAGCACACAGUUAAUUUCAAAGCUUUUCCCAUGGAGCUCCAUCUGAUCCACUGGAACUCCACUCUGUUUGGCAGUAUUGAUGAGGCUGUGGGGAAGCCACAUGGAAUCGCCAUCAUUGCUUUGUUUGUUCAGAUAGGAAAAGAACAUGUUGGCCUGAAGGCUGUGACUGAAAUACUGCAAGAUAUUCAGUAUAAGGGGAAGUCCAAAACAAUACCCUGCUUUAAUCCUAACACUUUAUUACCAGACCCUCUGCUGCGGGAUUACUGGGUGUACGAAGGCUCUCUUACGAUCCCCCCUUGCAGCGAAGGUGUUACCUGGAUAUUAUUCCGAUACCCUUUAACUAUAUCCCAGCUACAGAUAGAAGAAUUUCGAAGGCUGAGGACACACGUUAAGGGGGCAGAACUUGUGGAAGGCUGUGAUGGGAUUUUGGGAGACAACUUUCGACCCACUCAGCCACUUAGUGACAGAGUCAUUAGAGCUGCAUUUCAGUAGCCGAAGAGAACAGGAACAAGUCCAUCUUCAUCAGGGAGGAAGACAAUGGUCCCAUAGUGCACUUGGAUGAAAAACAGAAACUUUUGAGCUGCAGCUUCAUUUUAUCCUCAAAGCCUACAUUGUUUGUCUUCAUCUAAUCCAGCUUUGAUGGACAUCUGUGACAGUCGCCUGUAUACAUGCUGUAAUGAAAUAUUAGAAGUGGCUGCACAUUCCAAAGAAACUCCAUAGUAUAUAUCUGCAUCACUACUGCUAGGAUCCACAUUUUUACACAUACUGUUUAUUGUGUUUGUGUAGAAGAAAUGAAACUAGUUUCCAGAAUUGUUAUUAAUAUGAAUAUAUAUCAUGUGUUAAUAUUGAGAAAAGGAAAAAUACAUUCCCAGUGUUAUGAAUUCAUCACUUCCUGUCUCCAACAGAAAAUGCAAUCAUUCAGAGAGUAGUGUAAUUCCUCAUAAUGAAAUAAGAGUUUUGAUCAAGAAUAUCCAGAGCUUCACAGUGCAAUGUGAAGGAUUAGUAAAAAUUAAGUCUUGUUAUUUUCUAGUACCCAUACCACAAUUAAUGUCAGGCUGGUUUGUGAUGGAAGACAUUUUGGAAGUUAAUGCAACAACACAAUAUUCACUUUAUAUAUUACUUUCUUAGUUAAAGUAUUUAAGUGAGUGUAUGAAUCUAAUCAUAUUUAUUUGACAUAUUUAAAGCUGUGGUUUCUAGGAAUUUGAGAGAGGUAUAACAAAUGGGAUAAAAUGCAGGUGGGUACAAUGUACCAGGAAUACUUUUAUUUUCCAUCAACAGUAGUGUAAAUUUAAUAGUAUCUUGUAUUAAUUCAGUGUUGUACACUUUGUAAGACCUUAAAAUAUUUUAUUCUAUGAUUCCACUUCUUUAGCAUGUUAAGACAUUUCUUUCAAAGAUGACUAACAAUAUCCUCAUUUUAAGUGCUACUAGCAAAUUUAAACGUAUAUUUAAUUACAGUUAGAUGUGACAGAAUGAGAUAAUUUACAUAAAGUAGUAGAGUACCUGGCACUAAAGCAAACAAUAAAUAUUAUUGUUAUAAUUGUUGUAGAGGUAAUGAUGUCAAUAACAGUCCAAUUUGGAGGGAUUUUGUGAUGCAAAAUAUCUAAGUUAGAAAUAGAAAAUAGGUGGAAUAAGUAUGUGUUCAAAGGUUUCAGAUGUGUUGAGUAGAGAUUGUUAUAAUGGAAGCAUUAAAUGUAAAUAAAAAUCACUCCAGAUAUCCCUGAAAAUGGAAGCAGAGAAGGUUCUUCAUGGAGUCUUGGACAGGGAGAGAAAGGCGUAGGGCUGUGGCAAAGUGAGGAAAAGUGGGAGCAGCCAGCAGCUCUGUGCCACACUGCGGUGGCAUCAGGCAGAGCCUCUGAAGCACAUUUUUUUGUAGUUCUAGUGUUCAACAAUGAGGAAAUGGCAAAGCAUGAUUUCAAAACCGUGACAUAAACAUUUGCAUCAUGCAGACCAGCACUGCUACCCUUCACAUGCGAGACAUUGGCUGCAGGUGUAGCCUCAUUUGUGGUUAUCAUCAAAGACUAGAUCGGAGGCUUUCUGUGAAUGAGAGACUAGUCAUGUGGUGCUUCUGGCACUCCUUUGGUAGACCCUGUGUUUGGGCCCUGGAAUAAAACAGUGCCUGGGUACCAGCCUCUCCACGCCUGACCAGGUUGGUACUGAGCAGCUAGGGACUGUUCUUGGACUGAACUUCUGAUGCUUCCUGCAGUCCCCUACCAUCUUUCCUUGAAAUGUACAAAAUAAAUAUAACAAACUUUAAUUCAAAUGGC